UUAAAAACAUCAUAUCUAAUUAUCUAUCUUCUUCCUACUAUCACUUUUCCCCUCUUCUCUACCUUAUCACUAUUAUCCCCUUCUCCCUUUCUCUCUAUUCACUCCCCAUCUCUCCAUUUCUCAUUCUUCUUCAACAAUGUCAAACGAACAACUAGAAGACCAACCAUUACCCAGAAAGAAAAUAGCUUAUCUCGAUUCAGAAUCCGACACUGACUCAGACUCCGACUCCGAGUCCGAGUCCGAAUCCGGACCCUCCAAACCCACCCGCAAUGAAUUCAACUACAAACGACCCAGCGACUACCUUGCCCCAAAACCCGACUUGGAAGAAUCACCUGAACAAAGAAACAUUCGGCUAUUUCAAGAAGCAUUGAAGUCCCGUAGAUACACUCGACUUACAGAAGAAGCUGAGAUUCUGGCUCGGAUUAAUGAAUUGGGAAACUUGUAUAAUUUUCCGAAAGAUAAUGAGAAUUGGAGGGAAGAAGACCUUAAAGAGUUAUGGGCGGAUGCUCCGACCCGUAUGCUUAAACCUGGGUGGGACCCAGCAUUGGUUGAUGAAGAAGAUUGGAAGAUUGUUAGAGAUGAAGUUAAAGCUGGUCGUGACCCUCCAAUUGCACCAUUUUAUUUGCCUUACAGGAAACCUUAUCCGGUUAUUCCUAGUAAUCAUUACGAUAUUAGAAAUCCUCGGGAUGUUAUUGAGGAAUUGGAUCGUACUGAGGAGUUUUUGCAAUGGGUUAGCUAUGUUUUUCCCGAUGGCGGCUCGUAUGAAGGCACUGUAUGGGAUGACAUGGCUCAUGGAAAAGGUGUUUAUGUUGCGCAGCAAGGUUUAGUCAGGUAUGAGGGAGAAUGGCUUCAGAACAAUCAGGAGGGGCAUGGAGUUGUCGAAGUUGAGAUACCUGAUAUUGAACCUGUUCCGGGAUCCAAACUUGAAGCUCAAAUGCAUGCUGAAGGGAAAAUUUUUAGGAGAGAUUUCAUGACCCCUGAAGAUAGGGAAUGGCUGGAAAUGGAUAUUGAAGAUAGUGUGCGUCUGGCGAAUGGGAAUUAUGAAAUCCCUUUCUAUGAACAAGAGGAGUGGAUAAGACAGUAUGGAAAAAAGCCUGAAAAAGGCCGGUACCGUUAUGCUGGUCAGUGGAAGCAUGGCAGAAUGCAUGGUUGUGGUGUGUACGAAGUGAAUGAAAGGCCUAUUUUUGGUCGAUUCUACUUUGGUGAGCACGUGGAAGAAUCUGCUGGUUGCGAUGAAGAAAUUGCUGCGAUGCAUGCAGGUAUAGCUGAAGUUGCAGCAGCCAAAGCUCGAAUGUUUGUCAAUAAGCCAGAUGGAAUGGUUAGAGAGGAAAGGGGUCCAUAUGGUGAUCCUCAGCAUCCCUAUUUUUAUGAGGCAAAUGAAGUGUGGCAAGCUCCAGGUUUCAUUAACCAGUUUUAUGAAGUUCCUGAAUACUGGAAAACAUAUGUGGAUGAAGUGGAUCAAGAAAGGGAAAUGUGGUUAAAUUCGUUUUACAAAGCUCCAUUAAGACUCCCAAUGCCCGCAGAGCUUGAAUACUGGUGGGAAAAGGAUGCACCUCCGGAAUUUAUUCUCCUGAACAAGGAGCCAGAACCUGACCCUAAUGAUCCCACUAAGCUCAUUUAUACCGAGGAUCCUCUCAUACUACACACUCCAAGUGGGCGAAUAAUCGAUUAUGUUGAGGAUGAAGAACAUGGUGUCCGCUUGUUUUGGCGGUCUGCGGGUGAUACCGACCCGUCAAAGGUCGAGUUUUUGCCGCUUGGGUUUGACGAAUUCUAUGGACGGAAAAAAGCGGAUGAGCAGCAAGAAGGCUUUUUGAAGCGUUUAGUAUGUUCAAUCGAGAAUUUCUGUAAACCCUGGUUUGAGAAACUAGAAAAGUGGACUGAAGAACAGAAGACAGCCAGUGAUUUACGAAUGAAACUUAUAGAACAGGAACUUGAAUUGGUCGAGGCUGAGCUGAGUUUGGAAGAAGCCCUUGAGGACAUGGAAGAAUCAUUGAAACAACAAGAAGAGGCCGCGAAUAAUAUUGACAUGGAUGUUGAGGAUGAGGCGGUGUCUUCUCCGUCAUUACCUGUUGAACAGGUGGAAGAAAUAUCACCCGAGGGGAUCAAAGAUGAGGGUGGAAAGGCCGAGGAAGAGGAUGAUGAUGACGAUGAUGAUGAUGAUGAUUUAGCUUCAUCGAGUUUUGGAUCUGUUACAGAUUCAAAGGACAAGAAAAAUGAACCUGGGAGAUCUGCAUUUUCAACACUCUCAUUUGCUUCGUCUGGUUUGCUUUCAGCGGUUCCAUCAAUCCUUGAGAAAUCUUUUUCGGCCUGGAAGAAGGAAAGAUCUCCACCGAGACUUCCACAUGAAUCAUGUAGCCGUACCAGAAGUAAUGCAAAAUCUUAUUUGAUUACUUUUCACCAUUCAUUCCCUGAAAAUGCGAGCUUGAGAUUGAAAUCUGAGUGCGGUAUGAAGAUUCGGGUGAAACAAGGUAAAAAAUCUUUUGUCGCUUCCCAAACACCCCUUUCCCUGUUAAAAUACUCUAAAAACGAUCACCAAGGACGAAGAUCAUGGAUUAAGUGGUUGUGCACACCGCCAGAAAGAAUCUCAGACAAGAUAUUAUCGUUGCAUAUACCACUCGAAUCCUUGGACUCGCGCAUAAGAUCGUGCAACAUAGAUCAAAGCAUUGCAACCAUUUUGUAGUAAAUUUGAAGGUAAACGUUUGUCAUCUGUAAUGAGUUGAAUUACUGAUUAUAUUUUGCUCUGGCCUCGGAAAAAAUUGCAGACUCGAGAAUUUACGCAUUUUUGUUUAUUGUAUUAUUGUAGUGCAUUUCGUGUAUCGAAAAGGAAAGAUGUAAGAUUUGUUAGAUGAGUGCAAUUUAAAGUCUUACUUUUACAGGCAAAGUUUUGGAACAUUGUUUAUGCUAUUGUAUCUCCCUGAUGUUUCAUUCAAAA